AUGACUCAGACGAUUGCUCCAGAAUAUUGCGUCCUUGAAUUAUCAUUUGUUUUGGAUUCAUCUGAUUCAAUUAGUCCUCAAUUUUUUAAUGAAGAAAAAAUAUUUAUUAAUGCUCUUGUAAAUAAAUACACAAUUAGUUCUUAUGGAAACAAAGCAUCUGUUGCACUAUUCUCAGACAAAGCAGUUGAAUCAAUUUACUGUGAUCAGUAUCAUGAUGAAAAAUCAUUCAGUGAAGCAGUUUUGAAGCUUGAGCAAAUAGGUAGAUAUACAAACGUUGAAGAUGGUAUAAUGAAAGGACAGGAUUUAUUAACAAAACGAGGAUGUGGAAGUCGACCUAAUGUCAUGAAAAUGAUGAUCAUACUAACAGAUGGCAAUGCUAACAUUGGAAAUUCUCCAAUUCGUGCAAAUCGUCAUAAUGAUCUUGCAAUUGUAGCAAAAAAAGCAAGAGACUCUAAUAUAGCAAUUUAUGCUGUUUCUAUAGGGAGAAAAAUCAACAUGAAAUACUUACUAGUUAUAACAAACAACUCAAAUAACAUUAUAAAAUCAAGCAGUUUUGAUCAAUUACUAAAAACAAGUCUUUUAUCAAAAAUCUUUCCAAACUGUAUAUUUAAUUCUACCAUAAACACAUAUUCUACUUUGUCCUUUGUAAACAAAUAUACAACCAAAAUUACUAAACCAUAUGUAUCCACCACAAUAAAAAAAACUGUCCAAACAUCACCAAAUGCAUAUAAAACAACUUUACCAAAUAAUAUUAUCCGAACAUAUGAAACAGUUUCAAUGUCAAGUAAGUCAAAAAAGUUUUCGGAGACUACAACGUAUACAGCUGACUCUUUAAGUACAAAUGCAGAAAAAUUAAAUAACAGAACUACCUUAUUAUUUAAAUCAACUCCUGUUACCAAUGUUGCUACUACUAAACCCAAUGGAAAAUCAACUAAAAGGAAUGUCAUUACUAAUUCUAAUAUAGUAAAAUCUUCAGCAGCUUCGACAUCUGAUGUAACAUCAAAAGUCACCCUGCAUUCUCAUUCAACAAUAGGAACCGUAAUACUAAAAACUGUUUCUUUAAAUCUAACAAAUUCCUCAGAGAGUUGUAAUGAUUUGAAUUUCACAAGCAGUUGUCGUUGUUUGUUUAACGUGACUUCAUUUCCGAAGCUUGAUCUAUCUAAAUCUGAUAUUGAAACAAUGUUUAAUGGUACAUGCUUUGACGAUAAGCUAUUAGCCUCUAUUGAGUAUGUUUCCUCAAUAACUGGAUCAAUACUUUUAAUAAAAAACAACUUGGAAACUUGCAGAGAUGAAAUUAAAACCAACAUUGAAAAAAAAGAAGGAAAAUGUUUUGACUUGUUGUUUGACAGAUUUUCGGAAUGCACUGUCAUUAUUAAUUGUGAGAUGAAAAUUUUUUACGAAAAAGCAAAACGUUCAAAAAUGUUUUUAGAAAAUCUUGUUAAAUUUUCAGAAAAAAGCUUUGAUAUUUUUACAGGCUUAAACAGCUUAAUAAAAUGGAUUGGACUAUAAAACCGGUAUCCAGGGACCUACAUACGCAAUGACGUAAACUCGAUAAAUCGACGAUGAAACAAUUAAAGUCAGAAUAAAAUAAUGACAUGGAUUUUUUUAAUAAUAGUAUACUUUUUGAUUUUUUUCUCCUUAAAUUCGUAGUUUUUUGUAAAUUUCUAUGUAGUUUUUUUGUUUUAAAUGCAUUUAGUUGUGAUUACACUUAGUUACUUAUUUGUUCUUUAUUUUAAAUCACUUAUUAUCAUUUCUUUUUGAAUAUGUUCAGCUAAUCAGAAUAUUGGUAUUUUAAUAAUUUGUUAAAACUUAACAUAUUAGGUUUUUUUUUAUUAAAUGAAGUAUUUCAUCAAAAAUGAAAUUUUUUUAUCAGAAUUGAAAUUCAUGACCCUGAAAUACGAAAGUGGUGCCAGUAAAAGAUGGAAAAAAGUUAUUAAACUAUUCAGAGGAAAUGAACGUAAUGUGAAACAAUGCGAAUUAUGAAAGAAUUUUUUUCACUUUUAGUUAUAUGAUUAAAAACUGAUUUGUUUUAUUUCCGCACGUAAAAAAGCCGUAACGCUAACAUGGAGAAAACAACUGAUAGUA